AUGGUGGCGUCGACGGUGAUCAUGGCGUUAAACCUGGCCUUCUUGGGGAAUCAUAUACACAACUAUGGUGGACACGUGAAGUCUUUGAUUGCGCUCUCGUGGGAGUUUCUCAACAGCAGCCUUCGUUCAAGGUCGUCCUGCAAAGAUGCAGCACGGGAAGCAAAGGUGAAUGAAGCACUCUGGGAGGUGCGCGCGCGGACCUACCGGCACUCGAUCGAGUUUAUGAUCCAUCAGAGCGCGGUGGCGGUCUUUGGGAUGGGCUUCAGCAUGAGCCUGGAGCCUUCCUUCACACAACUGGUCCAGGUGGGUUUCAUGCUUUCCGUGUACUUGGCACACCACUGCGUUUGCAGUGGGAGAUUAACCUUGAACGCGGCCAAUUUGAGGACGAUUUAUAUCCUUUUCUACAGCUCUUUCGUCUUCUUCGUUUUGGCGAAUGUGUGGCAGAAGGACGACUCUGGUGGUCGUGCAAUCACCAACCAGACCUUCAAUGCUGGUUCCCGCAUGAUCAUGUCUGUGAUCUUCAUGGAUACCCUGACGGCGCUGCCCAGGCAGGUGGCUAUCUCCUGCACGGAAGUCUUCCAGUACUCCAUGCAACAGGACAUCACCGAGACCGUUGGUUUUGCUUGGGUGCAAGCUCUCGUUUGCGCCGGAAUCACCAUCUUUUCCGUGGUGUUGGAGUAUUGGGUGACUUCUCACAUCACAUCGCUCUUGGAGACGGAGACCAUGCUUUCCUCCUUCCGGCGGAUGCUGCGGGGCGUGUGCGACGGAGAGGUGCUCCUGGGCGAGGAUUUGAAGAUCAAAGAAGAGGCGGAGUGCUUAAAGCAUUUAAUGAUGGAUUCGCGUGCCUUUCAAGGAAAGGACUUCCAAAAGUUCCUGGACCCCGAAGAGGCCACACGGUUCCUCGACUUCCUCCAACAGUCCGAGCGAGACGCCCAUCAGCCGGAAGAGCAGCGCACGCGCACACCUCCGUGCUUGCGGAUCUCCUUGAGAGGAGCCUCCGAUAUCCGAGUGGGCGUGGAUUUGUGGCACGUGCCAAUGCGAAGCACUGGUUCGGGCACCUCCCACCUCAUUGCUUUGAGGGAAGACAGUGAGGCCCAGCAGGCGAUCUCGUCCGAGGAUCAACCGGACUUGCAGCUGCCCCCACAUCAAGGCGACCCGGAUGCGAUGUCCGAGUUGUCGGACUCGCAGAAGUCCUCGACCUCGUUGCUGCGGAGCUUUCCAGAGCUCAUGGACAUGACGUUGUGCGUGGACACCUCGACCCAUUGGUUCGACGUGGAGCAGGCGCAUUUGAGCUUCGCGCGGCAGCCCCAGAGCUCCGACUCCUCCAUGCCCAGCUUGCGGCGUUUGGUGCGGGGCACCGACUGGGAGACUCUAAGAGCCAAGUUGAAGAAAGUCACCGAGGGUGGGGAAGAGACGAUGCAGAUGAGGUUGCGGGACGAUGCGCAGCGCACGGUGGUGGCCAACUGCGUCCAUGUGAGCGCCUUUCGGCCGCCAAGGGCGACCGACGAGGGCGUGAAGCUGUGCCUGAAUUUUAGCGAUCUGGUCUUUGAGGAGAAGAACCAAAAGGACGAUUCUCCGCUUGGGAGGGAGGGGAGCCGCGAGGGGACCUUUGUUGUGCUCCAUCAGCAGAGUCCCCGCACGAGCAGAGCACCGGGCGUUGUGGAUGAGAUUUCGACGGACGGAAGGUCCGCGGCUUUGUCGGUGGAGACGCCCUUUGCAGGGAACGAGGCCUUCUCUUGCCCGCCCUACUUCCUUGCCAAGACCUGCUGCCAAUCGAGUGAAGUGCAGCAGAUCUGGGAGAAGGUCGAGGACAUGUUGCAGUUCGUCCUUCGAGUGCUGGACGAUCAGGGUGAAGACCUCAAACGUGCAGAAGAGGAGGACCAGGCCGGUUUCAUCGAAAGCGGUCCUUGUACAUCCUAUCACCAGAACCUCUUCACCUCGCGCUUGAAGAGUCUUCGAGAAGCUCGUGCUGCCACGGUGAAAGGGCUGGAGAUCCUACAAGGUGCCACCAUGCACAUGCUCUGUGCGGCUUGCUUUCAGAGCUCCUCAUGGCUCAAGCUCGAGCAGGUGGAGAACUUCACAGCUUCAGCCCUCCUCUCCUUGCAGGACCGCAUGGGCGCCAUCUUCACGGACCAGGUGCUCCAGGUGAGGUGGUGGGGCGUUUUCGCCAUGGGUGGCGUGCGCCUGGUUUUGGUGGCGGCCCUCACCAGCGCCCAAGGAUGGUGGUGGAACGAGACGAUGGAACCGCCACCUACCAACUCCUCACCGCCAGGUCGGUGGGAAGCUUUGUUCCGGGAGACCAUGCCGACGAUGGCCGCCUGGUGGGAUGACGGUGGUAUGAGGCUCACCGGUGUUCGCCAGUGGACAGUGGAGCUGGGGGACAGCGGCAACGACCGAGGUCUCUGGAUGGUGUUCGACCUCAUCUUCAGCUUGGUCGGAUGGGCUCUCUUCGGCUCAGCAUGGUCAGGAGUGAAGGUGGGCUGCAAGAGGGCCUUGCAGCUAGCCCUCGUUUUGAUUUUGUGCAUCAUUGCCCAUUACGAUCGUUAUCGAAGAUGUCCCAAAGAGCCGCUGCCGCCCGAAGGUGUUGUGCUCGCUCUGGAUCAGGCUCCGGGCGAUCCCGAGGUUGCGAAGCCCUCGCGUCCACCUGUGCGCGAAGCCGUCUCCUCCGAGCGCUUGCUGCACUGCUACCAUCAGCUGAAGGCGAAGCACUUGAAGAUGCAGUGGGUGUUGGUGAAUGACUCCCACGUGAGGGCCCUGGCAGCCGUGGUCGGCGGCGAGACCGGCGAGACCGGCGAGACCGAGGACGUCUCGCUACGCUGGAGACGUUUCGAGGUGCCAAAUCUCCGGAGCUAUGUCAACUGUCCCGUGUGGACCGCUGACCUCGAGGCGUUGAAGUGCGAGGAGGCCGAGGAAAUCUCCAGGCUUUUGACACAUCCGGAAGAGGCGGACUUGGCGUCCCAGCGGUGGCCCAGUGGCUUGAGCCCAAGCAGGCGAAGUUCCAACAUGCCUUGGCCUUCCAGAGCGCUGCAAGGCUACCUGAAGGCUCACGAAGACCUUCUUUGGCGGUUUCAUCGAGGAGGAGGGAUGGGAAGCCAGGACAAGGCGUUGGUGUAUGUGUGCACAGGCAUGAGCUAUUGCGGUGGCCAUGGAGAUCGACUGAAUGGGAUGCUUGGCGCCUUCACCUUGGCCCUGCUGUCGGGCAGAGCCUUUUUCAUCGAUUCCCAAUGGCCCGUGCCCUUGAGCUUAGUCCUUCAACCCAAGACGUCUCUGGACUGGCGCAUGUAUGGCUCCCUGGCAGUGCUGCCAGCGGGGUUCAACUUCAACGACAACCUGGCAGCUUUUGAGACGGACCCGCGCCGGGUCCUGGAGAGCCAGGAGAAGGUCUUGCGCAUCGUCUCCAACCAACGAUUGACGCCAGCGGCCUUGAAGAGCUCUCCGCAGCGCGCGGAGGCUUUGGGCCUGUGGGAGCCGCGGCUGCACCAGCGCCUCUUCGAGCUCCUCUUCGAACCGUCGCCUGCUCUGCUGAAGCGUUUGCAGCAACGCCACUUGCCCGAAGGCCGUCUCAUAGGACUGCAUUUCCGGGCCGGUGAUCAAAUGCCCCAGCAUUGGAAGGAUCCACCUCGGCAUGCGCUGGCGCAGCUGGAGGAGUUCUUGAACUGCGCCGAGCAGCUGGAAAAAGAUCAAGGUUGGAAUGCGACCUUUCUUCUUUUCGCCGACACUGACAAAGUGACAGACCUGCCAAAGGUGCAGGAGCUGCAAGCCGAUGGAAAGCUGGUCCUCCCAGAGAGUGAUGGACUGGUGCACUUGGAUCGGUCGCCUCCGACCUUGACCGUCCGAGGCGUGUUGCAGACCUGGGCGGAUUGGUGGACCUUGGCCUUUGAUGUCGACGCGUUGGUGCUGAGCCACAGUGGCUUCGGCGCCACCGCCCUGGAGAUCGGCCCGGAGCGGCCGGCGGUUCUCGGCUCCAAAUGCAUCACAGCCGACGGCAGCACAGGUUGA